CCGUGACUCGUUUUUCCUCGACUUCGGAGCUAAGGAGCAGCUCGUUGCUCCCAGUUUCUCGUUCCAGCGUAAACGAGAAUGUAAUGUAACGCCGCGCGGAUGACAGGGAUCCAGUUGCACCAUCUGGAACAAACGAGGAUGACGUAGCAAUUAGCUAUCCUCUCUCAAAUUAUAGUCGUAUCUUUUGUACUUAGAAGAACGCGUGCGCGCACCAGAAAGAAAGAGAAAGAGUAACAUAUGCAUGAAAAACAAAUUCUAUUUAUGUACAAGACGUGUAAAUUGAACUGGGAAUCAACUUUAAGGGUGAUUUCGACCAAACUCUAAUUAACUUAAUCAGCGAUUAACUGAUCGAGUAACAUUAUUUUGUUAACGUUCGCAAUUAAGAUGGAUGUUCACGGUGCCGGAGUGGUCGCGAUUCUAGGCACGGUUGGAGCCGCUACCGGGGCAAUCUCAGCGGUGAUCGUUUACACUAUUUGCGCGCGUCGCCGACGAUUGCUUACUUCGGUCGGAGGACCGCUCAACUGGUUUGAGAAAGAUUUGUUAGACAGAGCCGAAGAGGCAGCCAAGUCAUCGAAAGACGUUUUAGUCGGUGUUGCGCUUUCGCGGGAAAAUAAGAUCAUCAGACGUAAUGACAGUCAGUCGGAUGAUGAUGAAUGGCAGUCUGAUCAUGUAUUUGACAGCAUUGCCAGUGAUUCGCCUAGAAGAGUUAUGCACCAUCUCUCGGAAUCAGAUGAUAUUUCUCCGUCUCCAAUGAGUCCUCUUGCACCACCCAUUCCGGAAGGCACAGUGAUCGCGUCUGAGAAGCGCAUGAUAAUCGUCAGACCACCGCCGCGGAGUAUAGACGGGUCUUACUCCAGGUUGAACAGCGUCGAGAUCGAAUCAUCUCCACGGCACAAGCUCUCGUCUUCCUCUUCAACUUCUUCGUCUGACGAAAUCAGGGGUGAAUUAAAAUUGGGUUUGAUAUACGAUGUCAACGCUGGAAUACUUACAGUGAGACUGAUCGAGGCACACGAUCUUCGCGCCCGAGAAUUGAGCGGCAUCGCAGACCCUUACGCCAAGAUACGUUUGUUACCUGAUCGUAAUAACGUAUGGCAAACUACAAUACACAGACGUACUUUGAAUCCUGUAUUCGAUGAAGACUUCGUUUUUGAAGUAACGCCUGCAUCAUCGCUGGCUGGACGAACAUUAGAAAUUCUGCUCUAUGAUUUCGAUGCGUUUACGAGACAUCGUGGUUUAGGCUACGUACAGCUUCCUCUUUCUUCCGUGCCGGAUCUCGGUGCAAACUUGAUCACUCUCGUAAAACCAAUUCUUCGAUAUGGGACGGAGGGUGGAUUUAAAGCACCGCCUCUGGGUGAAUUGAUGGUUUCCAUCUCGUAUCAAUUGUCCAUAGAGAAACUGACGAUUAUCGUCGUCAGGGCGAGAAAUUUACCCAUUUUCGACGAUCCUGUAAACGCCAAUCCGUAUGUGAAGGUGUCACUGAUCCAGGACGGUAAGAGUCUCAAGAAGAAGAAAUCGAGUGUACAACGCGAGGUUACCAGUCCCGUGUGGAACGAUAUUCUUACUUUUGAUAUUAGCAGCGACAUAUUACCGAAGUGUGUCUUACAAUUCUCUGUGCUACGAGCGAAUGGUGAGCUCUUGGCCAAGUGCGAAGUAUCCGGCUCGUGUCAAAGAGAAUUGUUUCAGCGUGUAUUAUCCGGAACGGGUGCUUCGGCACAAUGGUUGCCAUUAUCAGAACCAGAAGCGCAACAUGAUGAUAACGGCGAAUUAAAAAAUUAAAAUAAUAGCUGUUAAAAAAGAGAAAAUAUAUGUACACAAGAUGGUCGUGAUCUUGUAUACCACCACCACGUACUAAAGUGUUAAAAUAUUUUGUCUCUUAAAUUAAGUAUUUUAGCGAGAAAUGUUUUAGAUAAAAAUUGCUUGGUUUUGAAAAGAGCAAAGUGGUGAUCUUAAUUUUGGCAUUUUCAAAGUCAUAUCAAGAUUGACAAUUCUCAAUUACAACUAUUUUCACUCCAUAUACACCAAUUGAUUAAGAAAUGAAAUAACGGAAUAUUGCCGACCAAUCAUCUUAUAUAAUGUAACAGCACGAAUAUGUAAUCAAAUUAUGUGACAAAUUGUAAUAAUUAUUCAAGUUAGAGAGUCUACAUAGCAGAGUGCACAUAAAAGUAACUUUGUUGAAUAAGACGGUGUAUUAAAAAAUUAAUCCGCCGAUAAAAGCAGGUUCUUUUAACGACGGUACAAUUGUUAUUAAAUGCUACGUAAGAGAUCGACUGAAUUUACUAGCGCAUAUUACCGAUCAGCAGAUAGAUUACCGAGAAAUAAAAUAUAAUGUGGUUAGAGAAUUGUAGCUUACUCCGUUGAAUAUACACGGUACAAAAAAAAAAUAUAAUUCUAUAUAGAUAUAUGUAUGUAUGACUAUAGAGAGAACAAAAAUAGAAAAUAUAUUUUUUUCCCACAGAGUUCAUUGAACAUGUUCUACGCAUGUUUCAUCGAAAUAUUCUCAUACACAUUACAUAUUUCAUAUAUAAUAAGAGAAAAGUAAAACCCUUAUUGUUUGCGAUCGCUUUUCUAUGGUUGGAAAAAAGUAUACACUUUUCUUAUCAAAAUGUUUUCAUUGUUUAUAUCGUGUGUACAAUAUAACAGUACAUACAUAAAAAGGAAUGGACCAACGCGAUCCCUGAUCCCUAGUCGAAUAGACCUGUAAGCAGAUAGUGCAUUGCGAUUAAUAUGAGAAUUAAUUACGUCCAUUGAAUAAGAUAAUUAAUUUAUUGUAUUCUCAUUCUUGAAAUAUUAUCAUCAUGUGUAUAUUCUGUAGCUAAUACAUGCUAUAUUAAUCAUUGAA